AACCUAUCUACGCGCAAGCCGAAUAUUUUGCGGAAUAAACUGUGACGUAAGAAAUGGCUGACCAAAUUCCAGCAGUGUCGUCACAAUUUGAAGCUGAUAAUGAGACACCAUUUGUCAUCAGCCAGGACCAAGAUUUUACUCAUUGUCGAGGACCGCUAGAUGGCAGUCCAUAUGCAAAAGUGAAAAAAUAUAAAAAAUCAGAUCAUGUUGAAGUUGAUCACGUGACAGAUAACUACAAAGUUACAACCGAACACGAACUUUCCACUUACGCAUCUUGCCAAGAAAAUCAAUCUACCAAUCACACGCCAUUAAAAGACAAUUCCACCAAUCAGAAAGCCCCAAAUCCACACGUUGUAGUGGUGGGAGGGAAUAAAAUAAUUUACAAACCCGAUAAUGAUAUAGAUUUUACAAUAAAAACAUUCAUAUCUGCACCAUUGGCGACACUUCCUGAGUUCAGCAGUUCGUAUUUUUCAAUCGCGUCAUCACGCGAAUCUGUGCCGUCACAAGUUGACGCAACCUCUCAUACUGUGACGUCAUCAAAUUUAAUAAACAUUGAAAUUGACGAAUCCAGCAAAACGGUCUCGUCGCCCCAAUAUACGGAUAAAGGGUCAGAUUCGGACAAUAUGGCGGACGGGAGUAUUCAGCAAACUGCUGCACAGAUUGUUGAUGACGUCAUGAAGAAAUCAAUCAUGGCGAAACGAUCUGAUGACGUCACUCGCCUUCGAUAUUCAGAAAUAAGUUCCUGCAGCGCAACCACCCUCAGUUCAACGACAACGGAGGAGGGAGGAGGCCCGCAUCUUGAACUAUCAGAUCAUGAUACUACUGAUUCUGAGAGUCUAGAAGAUAAACUACAAGCAUUAGAGGGCAAUAUAUCACCCGGAACAGUACGAGGGAAUAUAUCUCCUGAAUUAUUUGUCGACGAAGCAUUAAGUGACGCUGCUGAAAAUAAUUUAUCUCCACUAGAUGUCAAUCUAACUAAAAUUGAGGUUAUUGAACCGGAAUUACCCCCAAGAACCGACCCCAUAGUAGAUAUAUCUAUUCAUCAAGUAACUAAAGAACCUUCUGUGUUAACGAGACCACAGGAGGGCAUCAAAACAACUAAUAUUCUCCCCCCGAUUCGGGAUGAUAAUAUGUUCAACGGUGGACUAAGAUACUACGAUAAAGGUCCAGAAUACGCUGUACCGAUGCGUGAUAUGAAAAUCACAACUAUACCUUCGAAACGUGCGAUUCUUGUCAGCACAGGAAGCGAAGGAUAUACUGAUCAUGACAACAUGGCAGCCCAGAGUUCAGCAGGCGAGCGACGGGAUUCUGUUUAUGAUGAAGGUAACUCAUACAAUGGUGCAGGCUAUGCUACAAUAGAAGAAUAUGAUCCACAAACUAAUAAUGCAGAUAAUCUCCCUGAAGAUGUGCAAGAACUUUUAAAUGGAUUACAAGAAGGCCCAGCCAGUACCAGUGACAUUGACAGUGGUUUUCAUGGAAGUUCUAUGGCUUUACAACAGAACCGAGGAACAAAUGGACAUAACCAUGUCACUUCCCAGAGCUCAAAUGAUUUCAGUGAAACUUUCAGUCCAGACUCUUCACAGUUUCAUAGCACAGAAGCCUCCCCCACAUACGAUGAUGGGAAGAUAUUUCUAGCAGGCAAACCUGGCAUUCAUCCUGAAAUUCACAAAACAGAGCCGGUCGUUGUAACAUAUUGCAGCCAAGGUUCUGGUCCUGGAAAUUCAGGUCAACCUGUAACCAGAGAGGUUGCACUUUCACCCAUGCAUAAAGCACGACAGCCAGGUGUAACAAUGUCAACCCAGACACUACCUGAGCCACAAGAAGCUAAAAUCCAGAUCAUAACAAUGAGGAAUGUUUACAGACAAGAACAGGUGGGCCAUUUACAAAUGGGUCCCACAAACAAUAACAAUAAUAUCGACCACAGGCCACCAUUACCGACAAAAGAAGCACGAUCACCAACUACUAAUCCUACGCAAAGUUUCGGGAAUAACCGGCCAGUUGAAAGAAAACAGAUUGCUAUAGGAACAGUUCCUUUGGCAAAGGGAAAUAUCACUAUGGGAACAGUUGCCAUGUCACCUGAGGCUGUUACCAUGAGAACUCCUGCCACCAUGCAAACAGAUGAUGUCUCAAUAGACUCUUAUUAUGAUGACAUAGAUGAACAAGAUAAUGAAAGUAUGAAAAAUGUAGAAGAACAGAUCAAACAUGCUCAGAAGCAUCUAGUAUUUUUGCAAGAACAGCAGGAAAAGCUCAAGCAACGUAAAGAAGACAGAUCGAAGUUCAAAGAAACAUUGAAAAGAAACUCGAGUGCUUUUGAAAAACAUUCACAAGGAUUCAAAUAUUCACCUGGUGUAUCAAGUACACUACCCAGGCAACCAUACAGUGGUUCAACAGAAAAUAGAAGAGUUGAAAGUUACCAUGAUGCAAUGAAUAAACAACAACCUGAAGUGAGAAACAUGCCACCGAUAACAAAUGCAAAUAAGAAUAGUAUGGGAGGAACAACAGUUCAGCACAACCAACCACAGAAUGUCUGGCAACCUCAUGAGUCACGGCCACUUACAAAACAAGCAUCUGAUUCUAGCCAUAUAAGAAAUGCACCUGUACAGUCUCCAAUUGUAGCCAAGAAGGUUGAACAACCAGCACCCACGAAUGACAAUGAUGACAUAUUGUCAUCUGAUUUACAGGAACAGUUAGCUGAACUUGAUAGAUGUAUUGCGCAAUUGACAUGUUCCAUGGAUGAUCCAGAUGAUAAAUCUGGGCAGACCCAGGAAUCGCAAGUAGUUCGAAGACGAAAAUCUUUCACUCUCGAGAUUGAACGUAAAAUGGAUCCAAAUACACCUCAAGAAGGAUCCAACUCUCUCUUUGUUCCUCCACCACCUGCAAGAUCAAGAAGUAGCUUUGACUCCUAUAAACGCUUAUCUCAAGAAAUUGAUGUUGUUAUCAAAGGAAAUCAAGAUAUAAAUGAUGAUGUUUUCAGUCCUGGACCCCAAUCUUCUCGGAAAAAGAAGCAGCAAAUAUUUCCACCUCAAACAUCUGUGACCAGACGACAGCAUGUUGCGCCAGCACCACCUCCAAAACGUAGAAUUUCGCUUGAAGAGCGAUUAUCACCUCAGCUAUUGCAAGCCUUGUCCAUGAAUCCUGGUUCAAAACCAAAGGAGAACAUUCACAGUUACAAAGAAGAUCUUGCACCAGAUGAUCUGCCAGACACACCUACAUUCCCUCUAUCUCCUCCCACUCCUUAUGUAAAUAACGAAUCUCCAGGUCGUGCAAAAUCGCCUCCUGGACUACAGAAGACUGCUCUUUCUAUAUUGCAUUUACAACCAACAGAUAAACCUACACAAUCAUUGCAUCAUGCGGAACUUCCAGUAAAAGUACAAUCACCCACAGACAAGACAACGAAACCUACAGUGGAAGAAACCCCUAAAGAAAUCGCGCAGAAUAGACCACAGAAAGAGGGCCCAGUUGUACCUGUCAAUACAGUUGCACUACAAAAUGGACACAUAAGAGAGACUGAUUUACUGAAUGAUAAGCCUGACAACAGACCUGUAGAAAACAAUCAGCAUCCACCUAGAGUACCAGAAAAAAUGCAGCAACAUUCCCCAGUAGAGCAGCAGGGACAAGUUGCUCGACCAAUUGAGAGAAGUGAUUCUACAGUUCGCACGAAAGUCAUUUCAGUAAAGAAAGACAUUCAAUCGCCCACAAGCUUGACCCCACCAACAAAUCUACCACUUCCCCAACCUACCAAUACUCCGAAAGAAGCACAUCUGCAUGCCAUCCCUCCAAAACAAUCACCACAAGAAGAAGAAAGCAUUGAAGAGAUCCUAAGGCAACAUCAUUCACGUUCUCAUCAGCAGCUUAACAGUGGUGGAUCUCACAGCUCGCAUUCGCCAGCUGCAACCUCGUCAAAUUCAAGACACGACAGUUCCGAUUCACUUGAUGGACCAAGCACAAGACAUUCUAAUAGCAGUUUGCUUUCAUCGUCGAGUUCCAGCUCAGCAGCGGCACAUCAUGGGAUGCCUGUUCCAUCACCUGGUGCGUUUAUGACUCCCAACAAUAUCAUGAGACCUGGGAGUCAAUUGUCGAGUUAUGAAAGACAUAUGCUUACACCAGGAGCCUCUGGUGCAAGAUCUGGAGAUGAAAGUUUCGGAAGCCCAAAUUCUGGACAUACAAGUUCGUCUUCAAUUUCAGAUGUUGAACGUGCGGGCAAUGACACCCCAUUUGUAUCAGUAUCUGCUGCUCCUAAAUUUAUCCGAGAUACGAGUACUUACUGGUAUAAACCGGAUAUUACAAGAGAUCAGGCACUUGCUAUUCUUCGAAACAAGCAACCUGGUAGUUUCGUUGUUCGAGAUAGUCGUUGUUUUCCCGGUGCUUUUGGACUUGCACUCAAGGUUGAUAAACUGCCACCAAAUGUACAGGCCAAACCUGGAUCUGACUUGGCAAAUGAAUAUGUUCGCCACUUUCUUAUCGAACCCUGUUCUAAGGGAGUGAAAUUGAAAGGUUGUCCAAAUGAACCAGUAUUCGGGAGUCUGUCUGCUCUCGUAUAUCAACAUACUAUCACCCCUCUGGCACUGCCAUGUAAAUUACUUAUCCCUACAGCAGAUCAAGAAAUACCACAACGAGGAAACACCCCUCGGAACAGCCAGGCUGAAACUCCUCCAACAACGCCUACACCGGCUACAACUCCAUCAGAGCUUUUGAAACAAGGGGCCGCAUGCAAUGUUAUUUAUAUUGGGUCUGUCAACACAGAGUCUUUAACUGGACCUUCGGCAAUUGAAAGAGCUAUACUAGAAACAUAUCAAAGUGCGCGGACAAAUCCCAGCCAAACAUCCAUUGUUCAUUUCAAAGUCUCACCACAAGGAAUAACAUUGACAGAUAAUGCACGAAAAUUAUUCUUCCGACGACAUUACCCGACACAAACAGUAACGUUCUGUGGAUUAGAUCCACAAGGAUCAGCAAAUAAAGGACAAAACAUGAGAAGAUGGGAUGCGUCUACAUUACGAGGAAGUCCUGACGCAUGGUUGUUCGGCUUCGUUGCGCGCGCACAGGCAGGAUCAAGAGACAACACAUGUCAUGUAUUUGCUGAGCUAGACUCAGCGCAACCGGCUCGUGCUAUUGUAAAUUUUGUUAUGAAAGUGUUAAUCGGUUCCAAUCGUCAGAACAGUAACUGAUUUCUUGUUAUUGAUCAUUGUUAUUACAUAUGAAUAUGACGUCCUACAAUGAUUAUGUCAUCCUUCAAAAAGAUCGCAAAGCACAGGCUAAGGCACAAUCAUCAUUUUCGACACACAGUUGUUGUCAUCAUGUCACAGUAUGCUGCACUUCCGACAGGCAUUACGCGACAAGCCUAGAGGGGAGAGGGUACAAUGUUGAUUAGAUUCUGCGCCUAAAAACAGUACAAAUCGGCUGUUCAGACAACUUGCAUAGUCAGUAUGCUAACCGGUAAAUAGACAAGAGAGAGAUGCGAUCUUGCCCUAAUAUGUUAGGUUUUCAAUGAACAUCACUAUAUUCAAUACAGACUGGUAACAGUACUGUUAAAUAACCAAUGAAAUAAUCAUGUAUUGUGGUAAUUUUGAAAGUUUAUAAAAUAUUUAUACCCAACAUACACCGAUCUAAUUUUUUAAUACACGGAAGUUUUAAAAACGAAUAUUGUUUCCAAGCGCCAGUACAUUUCACCAUUUAUGAACUGUGUGAUGAUCUAUACUAAACUGGUGGAUACAAUUACAAAUACCUGCCAUGUUCCAAUUUUUCAUCCGAUGGUACGUUCUAUGUACAUUUUCCGUAAGUUUUUGUCCUAAUACUUCCUGUUGUGGGUGAUUGUUGUUGUUCUAACUAUAAACUAACCAACUAUAUAUAUAACAAAAAAUGAAAUAUAUAUUAUUCUUUUAACCUUGGAAUCAGUGACUACAAGACUUAUUUUCAUUUUUGUCCUAUAUAAAUGAAAAGAAAAUAGAUUGUUCUGUCAAUGAUUAUCUCAUCUUCGGUUUGACCCAUAGCCGAGAAGCAGCGCCUACCUAUUGGCGUUGGCGUAUUACUAGUCCAUGUCUUGAAUUCCAUGGGGGUCAUCCCGGUUUUAAUUUAUUUUUUCUGAUUUAGUUUAUCACAUUGUCAGUCAGGGAAGAACUGUUUAGUACCAAUUUAUCUCGGUGUGAUUGCUGUCUUAGAAUCAAAUUUUAAAUAUAAUUUUUGUUUGUACUACGGAACUUAACUAUCCAUGGUAUAUCUAUAACCUCAAGUAACCUUCACACCCGAAGGUACUUCAUAUACGAAAUACUGUAAUCACACAGUUAGUAACUUAUGACUGAUUUAAAUGAGUAUAUACUUCCACGUAAAUACUCACUCUUUUGGAUAAAUAUACUCACUAUUUCGGUAAAUAUUUACGUCUUCGACUGAAAGUUUCUCAAUCUAUUACAGUGUCGUAUUUUAGAAUCCCCAAGUUUGUUCUUAGCUCUUGGUAUACUCAUAUCUGGUCUCAGUGCACUAGUAUUUGAUUUUUAAUCGUGGAGAAAUUGUCUAUUGGUUUUUAUUUUUACCUACGAAUAAACGUUAUUUUUGUGCUUGGAAUAUUUGUAAAAACUUACAAUUUUAUUCUUAAUGUUCCAAUGUAAAUAAAAUGUGCUGACUGGAAA